AUGAGCGGAAAGCGGCUUAAGCCGUUUUCUUUCGACGCUACUUUUGUAGACAAAAGUGGAAAGAAAUCGAGGAAAACUUUUUCGCUAACGGCGGAAUCCACGCUUCGUACCCCACGAACCUGUUCAGUUGAAAAUGAACAACCUGAGAUCGUCGAACCUUUCUCGUUUGAGGAGUUUAGUGAGAGCGGUUCUGGUCUAUCUUCGUACGAGAAAAGACAUAUCGCCAACAUCCAGAAAUGGGACAACAUAAGAAGACAGUUGUUUGAUUCUUAUGUGGAGAAUGCUGUUUUCCGACUGACACAACAUGUGUUUACUGCCUCCAAGAACCAGCAACACUGCGAUGUCAAUAUUGUGGCCCCAAGCAGUACUUCUGCCUUGAAUGUGCUAAUAUUUUGCACAGUGUGA